AUGGCGCGGCCGCAGUCCCUUCCCCUGUCCCUGCGUGCGGCAGCGCUAGCGACCCUCGCCGCCCUCCUCCUCGUCCUGGUUUGUGCAAUUGCUUAUGUAGCUGCCAAAAAAAUGCCAACCCUUCACCGACACGAAGAAAAGAAAUUCUUCGUAAAUGCUGAAGGCAGGAAAGAACCUGUAGCAAGUAUACAUGAUCCCCCUGCAAGGGAACUCUCUGUUGUUGUGCCUUCGUACAAUGAAGAAGACCGGUUACCUCUUAUGAUGGAUGAAGCGCUGAAAUACCUAGAAAAAAGACAGACUUAAGAAGUCAUAGUGAUUAAUGAUGGUAGUAAAGAUCAAACUACAAAGGUUGCAAUGGAGUACUGCAAGAAAUAUGGAAGCGACAAAGCGUGAGUGCUUUCUUUGGUAAAAAAUUGAGGGAAAGGAGGAGUGGUCAGGAUGGGUGUCUUUAGUUCUCAGGGGAAACAAAUUCUUAUGGCUGAUGCAGAUGGAGCUACAAAAUUUGCAGAUAUUGGAAAAGUAGAAGAAGGUCUAAAAAAUCUCCAGGCAUGGCCUAUGGCUAUUUCCUGUGGUUCUAGAGCUUAUCUGGAGAAGAACUCAGUAGCAAAGUGCUCUUACUUUCAAACUCUUAUAUACAGGUUCCACUUCAUCGUUUGGUUCCUCUGUGUCGAAGAGAUCAGGGAGAUACAGUGAGGAUUUAAACUUCUAACCAGGGAAGCUUUGCAGACUUUCUCAACUCUUCAUAUAGAAUGCUGGGCGUUUGAUGUGGAACUUCUUUAUAUAGCCUAGCGCUUGAAAAUACCUAUAGCAGAAGUUGCUGUCAACUGGACUGAAAUAGAAGGUAGGCAAAUUUUAGAAGGUUGGAGCUGGCUGCAGAUGGGCAGGGAUCUUCGUUUUAUACUACUGCGAUAUAUGACUGGUGCCUGGCAGCUUGAAAGAAGAAAAUAUAAUUAGGUUAUUUACAUUUUUCAAAUAUAUUAUUAUACUUAAUGGAACAUGAGAACAGUUUCAAUCAAGUGAAGUGGUGAUGAAAGCUGAGGUAAUUCUUCAUUACUCCUCUUGUAUGUUUCAUUUUUGCAGCAUGUAUGUGUUUUGUAAGAUUGCCGGCAAGGAAUUUGUACAUUUUGAAAAGAGAAACCAUUUCAAAAAAGGUUUUCUUCCCUGGUAAUCAUUUUUUAUUUUAUUAGAUAGUAGCUUUAACAUGUCUUAUAAAUUAAUUCAAAUAAAUAUAGCUGCUUUUGUCUCAUCACACUUCUGGAAUUUCCACAUACAUAUUAAAAAGAGGUACUCUGUUCUACGUUGUGCAAUGUUGUGUCAUGAAUUACCAUAACCAUUUGUUUCUGUGAUAUCUGGAAAUUUUAGGCCAUAUUGCAGCUUGGAAUUAUCAUUCAUGGUUCACUCUGAUGCAUGUUUAGAUUCACUGUUAUGGGAAACAUUAAUGGAUUUUACUGAGUUAUAACAGUAAUGUUCUUAAGGUUGUUCUCAGGACUUUCAGUAGUCUCUUAGCAUUCCAAAUGUUUUUGUCUGAAGCUGAAAUAGUUUUCCUGAGAUCAAACUGCAGGUCCUGUCCAGACUGUAGAAGGUCCAACAGCAAGUACAUUUAGUUUUACAGUGUCGUCUUUUAUAAAUGUGUUUUGUUCAUGUGUAUGAAUUAUUCCUGCCUGCUCAAGGCUAGAAGUCCUUGGCAUCUACAGUCUGAAGUGAAGAGGGUAUGGAAAGCUAGUUCAGAGCAUGCAAAAAUGAGACUCGGUGUACAUUGAGGGGCUGUGCAUUGGCGAUGCCAACGUGGUGAUGUCACACUUCAAUUGAGAUCAGAGAGGGAGGGGCAGGUCUUGAGUCUGUCAUAGUAAUGUCAUACUGUGUUACAGGACAGUAACAUAGUGGCAUUUGUGCUUUCAAAAUAGUUGUGGAUUUCCAACAAACUAAGCCAAUCUGUCUUUCAGAAACAUGUACAAAUUUGAACUGAUGUAAAGAAUGAAUGGUAUAUGG